UCCUGCUGCUAUAUUUUGCUGAAUAAGUUGAAUUGGGACAGAGGAGUUUGGGAAAGUUUGUUGAUUUCUAGUUUUGCCUAAAAGCACUUAUCUUUCUUUGGUAAGCAUGCAGUCAUUAUAUAAGCAUGGCUAAUUGUUUCUUAGGUUGGUGUCUAACAAUAAGCUUUCUCAUAGAUAGCCAUGGCAACGACUAUUGACCUGACACACGAGGAUGUAGACUUGUUGGCCAUGCAGUCAACAGCUUGUGAGCCUCACCAUGUUGUGCUUCCGGAACUUUCUGGCCUUUCUUCUAUUAAUUCACAGAGUGAGUCAGCAGAUGCUUCAGAGCAGCAGCUCCGUGUGUACCUCCGGGUUCGUCCCUUUAGCAAGGAAGAACUCAACAAUAAUGAGGACCAGGGCUGUGUGGUGUUGGAGAGUGCAGAAACUGCCACUCUGCAUGCGCCUAAAGGCUCUGCCACCAUGAAGAGCAGUGAGAGAGGCGUUGGUCAUCAGCUUCAUAAGUUCAGUUUCACCAAGAUUUUUGCACCGGAGGCAACUCAGGUGGAGUUUUUUGAUGGAACAAUCAAGCCACAAGUGCAGGACUUUUUGCAUGGCAAAAAUGCGUUGGUGUUCAGCUAUGGUGUAACCAAUGCUGGAAAGACCCACACUAUACAAGGUUCUGCCAAGGACCCUGGGGUUUUGCCACGUGCUCUGGAGGCAGUGUUCAAGCACAUCGGCGGGCGACUGUAUGAGCACAUGGACUUGCGGCCGUACUUGAGCUCAGAUGUACAGAAGCUGGAUCUGGAUCAGCUCCGGGCAGAGAGGGUUGCCAAGGUGGCCCUUUUCAGUCUGCUCAAAGAGGACUCUGAACCUACCAGGAGCAGGAGCUCUUCCUCUUCUGUCAAUAGUCUCUCCUUUUCUGGAGUCUCUUAUGAUCAGACCGUGGACAGUGCAGAGGGGUCCAGUGAGGACAUGCAGUGUUCAUACUCCAUGUGGGUGUCUUACUACGAGAUCUACAACGAGCAAGUGUAUGACCUGCUUCAGCUAACUAUUGCCAACAAGGCAAGGAGACGUCCUGCAUUGCGCGUGUGUGAAGACAGUGCAGGAAACUCCUAUGUUAGAGAUCUGCGGUGGGUUAAUGUCCAGACUUCUGAGGAGGCAGCCAAGGUGCUGCGAGUGGGCAACAAGAACCGCAGUGCUGCUGCCACUAAAAUGAACCAGUCAUCCAGCAGAAGCCACAGCAUUUUCACCAUCAAGCUGAUGCGCGUCGAUGGAACUGAUGUCCAAGGAAUGUCUGAGCUUUCACUGUGCGACCUUGCCGGCUCGGAGCGGUGCAACAAGACCAAAACAUUUGGAGAGCGCCUGAAAGAGGCGGGUAACAUCAACACCUCACUGCUCAUUCUGGGCAAGUGCAUGGUAGCACUCCGCAACAACCAAGGCGACCGGGCGAAGAAUGGAUAUGUCCCGUUUCGGGAGAGCAAGCUGACCCGCCUCUUCCAGGGCGUGUUCUGUGGCCGAGGCAGGGCCUCCAUGAUUGUCAACAUCAACCAGUGUGCCUCCACAUAUGAUGAGACUCUCCAUGUCAUGAAGUUCUCUGCCAUUGCCAAGGAGGUGGUUCAGGUGAUCCCACCCCGCUCUCUUGAGUCUUUAGCACCACGCCUGAUUGGCCGGAAUGGUAAGCCGUUGUUGACCAAUGGGCUAAUUGACACCCAGGCAGUGGAUGACUACCUAUCAGAGGAUGAGUUGUUGGAUGGUGAUGAAGAAGCAGACAUGUCGAUAUUGCCUCAGGAGGAGCUUCUGAUUUUGGUGGAGAGUCUGAGGACAAAACUGUUGGCUGAGCGAAAGAAAAACCUGCUUCAAGAGAUUCAAAUCCGCAAAGAGAUGGGAGAUGCCAUGUUGCAGCAAAUCAUGGAGAUUGAGGAGCUCCACAGUCGUCAGAUGGCAGACUUGAAGGAGAGUUAUGAGGAGAAGAUGGACAGCACAUUUGAGAUGUAUAAAGAGGCACUGAAGGAGCAUGCUUAUCAGUGCGCUCUGGAGCGUCUAGAAGAAGACUACGUCCCUCUGGAGGACUAUACAGCAGAGCAGGACCGGGCCAAGGAGCUUGAGAUGCGUGUUGAUGAACUGGAAUGGAAACACCAGAGUUCUGCACCUGCUGCUGGUUUUGCAUCAGCUCUCCAGCAGGAAAACUCCACACAGACUGACCCCAUGCAUCCAACCACACAGGAAACAGAUUCUGAUCGGUUCAAACUACUCUACAAGGACAAAUGUGCAGUGGAACAGCUUUGUGCAGAGAAACAAGAGUUGAUCACAUCUCUUGAGAAGCGCGUACAGGAGUUGACUGAAACUCUGCAGGAAGCUGGAGAGAGCUACAUGGAGAAGCUCACCAAGGUCCAGAAUCUUCAGAACAGGCUGAUUCAUCAGGAGCGAGAAGCUGAGCGUUUGCAGGGUGAGCUCACAGAAAGGGAGGCAGAACUGUGUGUUCUGAAGGAGGGGCUUUCUAAGCAGGCCAAUGAUUCUGCAGGGCAGUCACGUCAGAGGCGAGGACUGCUAGUGAAUAUCAAAGAAUCAAUGUCAUCCCCGUCCUCAGGAAACCUGUGUCGCACGAUCAGAAAAUCCGUUCGCACUACCACCUCUUUGAAGAAGAAACCCAACUGAGUGACUGCCUGUGUGACUUGA